AAUGUUUAAUUGUUUUCCUACCAUCCAGUGACAUUAUGUCUGUAAAGGAGGCCACAGUGCUGACAAAGACAAAGCCCCUGCUGCUCUCUCAUGAGGCUCAAUGCAUCUCAAACGUAUUGAAAAACUGCAUCCGUCAAGUUGAGAUUGCAGCUACUCUGCCUGCUGUCCUCCAGUUAAACAGUGUGUCCAGUGUUGUCGUGAACAAGGAAUUGAGUCGGGCAAUUAAAGAGCAUCAACUAUUGGAUGGAAGAAUGAAGACACUUGAUGGUCUCAAGCAGAUGUCAGAUGGGGAACAAGAGGGAGAAGUUGGGAAAGCAAGGGCUCAGCUUGAGAAGGACAUCAAGAACUCUGUCAGGGAUCUGCUCAGAGCGGCCCGAGGCCAUGCAGAUGUCAUGUGUGCUUUGAGGGCAGAGCUAGGUAUGCAAGUAGGGGAAAGUGAGAGCAUGCUAAUUAAAGGACUUGAGAAGUUUCAUAGCCAGGUAGUAGAAAAGUUGCUGACCAGUCCGGAUGAUGAGCUCCAGCAUGUUCUCUACAAGCGGGUGUAUUCAAUACACUCCCACAAUCUGGAGAAAAUAGCAACAGAGGGAGUCGCAGUAGCCACAGACAUGAUGGAAAUAGAUGCACAGAUUUCUCAGGGUAAUGAUACAAUAAAACAAUUGCAGCGUUCUCUGAUAGGGAACAGACAAGAACCGGAUGUGCCACAUCUUGCCGAGAAGCUGAGCCAGUCACAUGUCAAGUCGUCAAAGAUAAGGCAGACCAGUAUACAACAAGAGAUCGCUCAACUGAACAGUCAGCUUAACAGUUUGAUCCUUAAAAACAGGGAGGUGGAGAGAGAAAUUCAAGAGAAAAAUGAAAAGGUGAAGACAGAAAUUGAAGACUUGCUCCAAACCUUUGACAAUGAAAUGGAAGAAAUGCAGUCCAACCUGGAGUUGAAAGUAGUGGAUUAUGAAAGGGAGGAGGAGGAGCUGAGGAAGCUGGAGAAACCCUUUUCUGUCCUGGAGGUGGAGUGCAACCAGAUCCAGGAGAAGCGUCGGCUAGCAGGUGAGAAGAGAAGGGAGGAGAUGAGGGAGCUGGAGUUAAAGACCAAAGCUGCUAUUUUAGCCCAAGCCUGGUGGAGAGGCCACAGCACUCGCAAGUCCUUAAAGAACAAGGCCAAAGGCAAGAAGGCCAAAAAAGGCGAGAAGGCCAAAAAAGGCGGAAAGACCAGGAAACCCUGA